GGGCCUCAAUGCAAAGGGGUGAUCCAAUGAGAAGAUUACAUCCCCAGCCCGCUAAGGCUCCAGUCAUGUCAUCCUCCUUAGAAGGUAGCCCUCGUCGCAAGGUUUGAGAUCCCAGAAAGCUAAUAGAUCCUCCAAGUAUCGCCUAACGAAUGGUUUCCUGGGUUGGACGUUCGUAGUUCUGGAACAGAGAUGCAACCCUAUGUCGAAGUAUCAGGUUCUGUGCUUUCCCCGCCCUGAACACUUUAGGACUGUGACGAGGUCUGGAGCGUGGCAGGGUAAGUGAGAGAACGGUGGAGGCCGCACAGACAACCAACACGUUCGAGUGAAGGGAUGGGGUAAAAGGUGGUUAUGGCUCCUGUCUCCCCAGAUUUGGAGCGGGUCUCAAAGGUGCAACUCUGAACAUCACUCACUCUCCAGUCUCCGCAAGAAUGGCCGACAGCAAUGGCCCAAAGCUGGUCAUCUCCCUAUGGGUCAUGACUUCAGUCUCCUUUCUGUUCAUGAACCUGCGAUUCUUCUGCAAAGGCGUAUACACACGGCAGCUACGGGUCGACGAUGCGGUGCUGUUAUUGUCCUGGUUUCUGACCUUGAUAUACACGGCCCUCAUCACUGUGUCCGCCAAAUAUGGCAUGGGUAAACGACAUGACGAUCUGGAUAUGAGCACCUUUGUCCUCAUGUACAAGUUCCUGUUCCUGGGCGAAUUCUUUACCCUCCUCGCCAUUCCAGCGUCGAAAACCUCCUUCGCCAUCACCCUACUCCGCAUCGCAACAAAGAAGUGGCAAAAGGCGUUCAUCUGGUUUGUCAUUGUCACGCUCAAUAUUGUCUACUGGGUUUGCGCGAUCCUCCUUCUGGUCCAAUGUCAGCCUAUCGCAAAGAACUGGGAUAAGGACAUGCCUGGGUCAUGCUGGAAUUCGAGUUAUCAGGACAACUAUUCGAUAUUUGCAGGCGCAUACUCCGCGCUCCUCGAUUUCGUGCUGGCGACAUUCCCAUGCGUCAUCAUCUGGAACCUACAAAUGAACAAGAAAGAGAAGAUUGGUGUCACCGUUGCAAUGAGUCUUGGAUGCCUUGCCGGUAUCACCGCCUCAGUGAAGACAUCCUACCUCCCAGGUGUGGGCAAUUUCAAGGACCUCACCUACGAUCUCGCGGACCUCCUCAUCUGGAGCAUGGCCGAAGUCGCCGUCACCAUCAUGGCCGCGUCCAUCCCAUUCUUCCGCGUCCUCCUCCGUUACGUCACCUCGUCAUACGUCCGCUCCAAACCACAGCCUCACAGCUACCGACUCGAGUCCUAUGGUGGAGGACGGAGAAGCGUCAAAGAGAUUGUUACACUCGGCGGGCAGGACGACGACUUAAGUGAGCGAAGUAUUUUGAGAGAUCCGCAGAAUGGGGCUCUGGGAGGCCAUGGAGCGAUAGUAAAGAGUUCGGAGAUUAGAGUCGAGUUCAAUCAGAGAAGGGCGUGAGACUCUGAGGGAUCGGGGGUCGAAGGAUAAUGGGGCAUGGCUUAUGAUGGCGUUUUUGGUACCACAUGGAGGUUUUUUGGUUUUUUCUGGGCUGGAAUAAGGUGUGUUUUCCACAGCUUUCCCGUAAUAGCAAGGGUAGUUUCUCCCUAUCGGUUGGUCCACGCCGCCUCAACAAACAUGCAAGAAGCUUCCCCUUAUUGGACAGCUGCAAUUCUGGUUUUAUUACUCCAAAUAGAG